AUGUCUGUCACUGUGUGCCAGGGCCUGGGGUUCGUGGUGUCCGCCCUCGGCCUGGCCGGUGUGGUGGCGGCCACCUGCAUGGACCAGUGGAGCACACAGGAUCUGUACAACAACCCGGUGACCGCCGUGUUCAACUACCAGGGCCUGUGGCGCUCGUGCGUGCGCGAGAGCUCGGGCUUCACCGAGUGCCGGGGCUACUUCACCCUCCUGGGACUGCCGGCCAUGCUGCAAGCCGUGCGCGCCCUCAUGAUCGUGGGCAUCGUGCUGGGGGUCAUCGGCAUCCUGGUGUCCAUCUUCGCCCUGAAAUGCAUUCGCAUCGGCAGCAUGGAGGACUCGGCCAAGGCCAAGAUGACGCUGACCUCCGGGAUCCUGUUCAUCAUCUCAGGCGUGUGCGCCAUCAUCGGGGUGUCCGUGUUCGCCAACAUGCUGGUGACGAACUUCUGGAUGUCCACGGCCAACAUGUACGGCAGCAUGGGUGGGAUGGUCCAGACGGUGCAAACCAGGUACACCUUCGGCGCCGCGCUGUUCGUGGGCUGGGUGGCCGGAGGCCUCACGCUCAUCGGAGGGGUCAUGAUGUGCAUCGCCUGUCGGGGGCUGACGCCCGAUGACUCCAACUACAAAGCCGUGUCUUACCACGCCUCGGGCCACAACGUGGCCUACAAGCCCGGGGGCCUCAAAGCCAGCACGGGCUUCGGGCCUCCCGCCCGGAACCAGAAGAUCUACGAGGGGGGCCCGGCCCGCGCCGAGGACGAGGCCCAAUCUCAGCCCUCCAAGUACGACUACGUGUAA